GGUGCCAUUUGGGACAGGGCCAUUCACUGCGCUGUGGGAGGAAGAGAUCCGCCAUUUUGUCAAACAUACACACUCUCAGUAAGAACAAUAAACCGAGAGAGAGAAAGAAAAGGCGAUCCAGAAAUAGCUGUGAAUUAGAGUUAUUUAACACGCGUCAAGAAAGAGAGGGGGACUUAAAGUGUGUUUAAUCCACGGAGGGAUUAAACACUGAAGAUGUCCGUCGACCAGAGAGAUGAGAAAGAUGGGGAACUGAAUGUGCUGGAAGACAUUUUGACUGAUGCUCCUGACCAGGAUGAUGAGCUCUACAACCCAGAGAGUGAACAUGAUGUAAAUGAGAAAAAAGGGUCUAAAAGGAAGAAAGAGCGAGGAGACAGCCAGGAUGCAAAACGGCUCAGAUCCUCUGGGCAUGCCAGCAGACAGCCAUUAAAGAGAGCCCCCCCUUCUGCUGGAUCAAAUGGCAAAAAGAGCAGCAACCCCAGAGGAAGACAUGCCCCUGAAAAUGUGUAUGAUGAAAGAAAGAACCAUGCUGGAAGAGGGGAUGCAUCCCGGGGGGAUCAUCCUAAAGGAUAUAGUGAAAAAGGCCUGUCCCGCAGCAGAGACUCCCAGAGACGAAUCAAACCCCUGCUGCCUGAGUUGACCGAGAAGAUGAGGACUAGUGAGGACAGCACGGGCAGAGCAAGCCGCUCCCCCAGAGAGGAAGAGGCUCAUUCAGAAGAAUACGCAUCGGAACAGGAGACGGGCAGCUCUGUGGCUUCCUCUGAGGGCAACCGGUCAGAUGUUGAGGAGGAAGAGGUCAUGGAGGAAGAAGGAGAAGAGAAGGAAGUGGAAGAAGAGGAAGAAGAGGAAGAAGAGGAGGAAGAGUAUGAACUAGAGGAAGAGGAUCCUCGGGAGGGAAAUGAGCAGAACGACUAUGAUACUCGCAGUGAGGCCAGUGAUUCCCAGUCUGAGUCUGUUUCCUUCUCAGAUGGAGAGUCUGUGCAUUCAGCUUCAGGCUCAGAGGCAUCAGGGUCUGAAAAGAAACAUGAGAAACUGCCCUCUUCUGUCAGAGCUGUGAGGAAGGAUCAAACUAGCAAGCUGCAGUACAUCCUGAGAGAGGCCAGGUUUUUUCUAAUUAAGAGCAACAACCACGAAAACGUAUCUCUGGCCAAAGCAAAGGGUGUGUGGUCUACUCUGCCUGUCAAUGAGAAAAAACUGAACGCAGCUUUUCGGUCUGCUCGGAGUGUUGUGCUGAUCUUCUCUGUCAGAGAGAGUGGAAAGUUUCAAGGUUUUGCUCGUCUGUCCUCUGAGUCUCAUCAUGGAGGUUCUCCUAUUCACUGGGUUCUGCCUGCAGGCAUGAAUGCCAAAAUGCUUGGAGGAGUCUUCAAAAUUGACUGGAUUUGCAGGCGGGAAUUGCCAUUCACAAAAACAUCCCACCUCUCAAACCCAUGGAAUGAGCACAAGCCUGUGAAGAUUGGACGUGAUGGACAGGAGAUUGAACCAGAUUGCGGGACACAGCUGUGCAUGCUCUUCCCUCCGGAUGAGAGCAUUGACUUGUAUCAAGUCAUUCACAAAAUGCGCCACAAGAGGAGGAUGCACUCUGAGCCUCGAUCUCGGGGCCGACCUGCCCACAGAGAGCCGGCCCCACGAGACCUGGGAAGGCGUCGUCCAGAGGAAUAUGACAUGCACAACCGCAAGCGGCCCAGGAUUGAUUACCCUCCAGAAUUCCCCCAGAGACCAGGUUUUAUUCAAGACCCUCGCAAUCCACCAAUGGACAGGCGCUUCUCUGGUGUUAGAAGAGAUGUUUUUCUCAACGGAUCAUACAAUGACUAUAUGAGAGAAUUCCACCACAACAUUGGGCCUCCGCCACCAUGGCAAGGGAUGGCACCUUACCCUGGAAUGGAGCACCCCCCCCAGCACCCAUACUACCAGCAUCAUCCGCCUCCGCCCCAUGCUCACCCUCCUUACUCCGGACACCACCCCAUGCCACAUGAUGCCCGCUUUAGGGAGAAAAGGGUUGUACGCUCUUUCGCCUCUAGUCUGCAUGACUAUGACAUGCGUGUGGAUGACUUCCUGAGGCGCACACAGGCAGUGGUGAGUGGACGUAGGAGCCGCCCACGUGAACGUGACCGGCAGAGAGAGCGUGACAGGCCACGAGAUGGGUGUCGUGACAGAGAGAGAGACCGUGGCAGAGAACGCGACCGAGAAAGAGAGCGAAUUCGAGAUCGCGCGAGAGAGAAGGAGAGGGGACGAUACCGGAGAUAGAGGAAAAUGUUUAACCUCUUAACCCUUUUUAUUUUGUAGAAAAUGUAUUUGUGUUUCAUUUUUUUAUUUUACAGUUGAACAGUUUAUCUGAAAGCUGAAUAACAUUUCUAUUUUUUUUUUUUUUUCUGAAAACCCUGCAGUUGUUUGUAUCAUGCAUGCAGUGCAUCUGAACUGUGAAAACCAAAAGGCAUAUUUACCCUCAAAUUUAAAAUCUUUUUUUCUUUUUUUAAUCAUCGGUUCUGUAGUUAUGAGUUGGUUCAACAUUUUUGAGGAGUGUGUUUUUCCUUCCCACUUUUGGGUUGUGAGCGAACUGCCUGUUCUUUGCGUGGUUCUUACAAUUUUUUAAGUGUCUGUGACAAGAGUGUUUGCUAGCUCUGUGCUUGUCCUUUUGCUUUCCAUUGUACAUUGAAAUAAAGUCAUAGGUGCCAGUAUUUGGUGGCGCAGCUAAAUAUGACCAUUGUAUCAAGGUUGUUUAUUAAGCUUUGUCUGAAGCAGGCUCGUUUUGUAGUGUUUUGAUAGGGAAACAAAUUAUUUCCACAUUUGUUUCUUCUGUCCAGUGAAAGGAUCAUAAAUUACAUGAGGGUUUGUAGAAUAAAUUAACCCAUUUGUGACUGGAGAAGUACUCUUUUUAUGGAUAUGUUUUGUGCAAAUCAAAAAAUAAAUCAAAAGAAAGGGAAUAUUUGUAUUGUUUGUAAAUAAAAGUUUGGCCAGAAAACCACCUGGCUUUACAAGAAAAAAUAAGCGACACAAAUGGCUAUAUAACCUCAAUUUAUGUAAAGGCCCUGAUUACUUUUUUUUUUAUCAUGUUUUAUUGAAGAAUAAUAUACAGACAGUUUCAGAAAAGCAGCAGCUUUUAUUUUUAAGAAUUUACCCAUCAGUGAACAAUGGUGGGGAAAACAAAUUCACCUGAAAAACAAAACUUAAUCCACAAUGAAUUCUUAUAAAUUGUGGUAUAAUCAGAAUCCGUAGUUGUGUCAGCUGGGUUAUUUUGUAUAAGUUUUAAAGUGUUGGGUAGUAUUUAACCAAACUACGCUGGGUUAGUGACUGGGUCAUUGUCUUGACAGCAGAAAUACAUCAUUACCAACCCAAAAAAACAGAUAUUCUGUCUGCCAAACUGGAUAAAACCAGUUUAUCAACUUUUUGCCUCCUGUCCUGAAAAUCUUUCUGAAUUAAAUGAAACCCUGUCAGACCCAUUUGAGUGUAAUUAAAUAGUUAUACACUCGUAUAUACUGUUGAAUAGAUUAGCCUACCUCAGUGACAAAAAUAAAAAACACCACUGCUAAAAUGGUGCAGCAAGGCGGAAAAUAAAGUCAGAGAAGCUGCUGAGAAAACGGCAAGUCAAAACUGUCAAGUAUUGUCAAGGCAGUGAUGUUGAAACUUUUAGCGUGGGCCAGUGCCACCCAAUGGCAAAAGCGUUGUCUUUUCCACCAACAGCUAAAAGUAUGGCGUUUAAGUAGUCUCUAAACGCGCGCACAUAAAAACUAGGCUCGUGCACGUGAUUCGAACGCAAAGAACCGUAUCCGCGAGCGGAAAACCAUCCUCGUUUACUGCUCUGCGUAAACAAAUGCGGUCUGGCGAGCACAGGGCUGUUACGAGCGCUCGUUCGACCCUCUACGCGCUCGCUACUGUUGAACAACACUCGCUCAUCAAGGGCCCUAUCCUAAAUCUCACCCUCCGUCCUUGAGGUCUUCCUCUGAGUGCAGACCGAUGGGGCACGAGUCAGCAAGUCCAUUCUAUAUCUUUAGAGAACAAAUAAACAUUAUUCAGACACAGGGAUGGUUACAGCUUAGAACACAGUAACAUAUAUAUAUUUUUAAUCCAUAAUUGAAUAUCGUGUUGUCCGCCAUGUUUUUCCCUCCAGCUCAGAAACUGGAGUCCUUCUGAUUGGUCUGUCACAAGGACUGUUGGGUAGCAUAGCGGGCUUUGAUGAAGACCGCAUCUAGGGUGCAAAAGGGGCGCUCGUGAGAACCCUCACAAGUGCUAAUAUCACAAAUGGGACACACUACGGACUCGUACACUUCACAAGCACACGCAACUUAAGGCCACGAGACCGCAACCACAUGAAGUGACCAUUUGGGAUAGGGCCCUUGACUUUUGAGACUUUGGAGGCGGGGACAGUGGCAGAUGUCUUCACUCCUUUGAUUGGUCACUUUGAAUACUGACCAUGACCUUUGAUUGGCUUUGGUUUGGUUUGAUCACUGACAUGCAUAAUCUUUUGUUCCGCACUCCGGUCCAAGUAGAGUGCAGUCUGGGUGAUGAUAGAGGGGGCAGGCAACAAGUUGGGGCGGAGUGACACGCAUUGCUCUGCCUACACCAAUUUUCAUUGGUUUGUGAUACAGUCAAGCUUAUUGGUGUUGAGAUGUGUGACGCUUUAAGUGUGAGCAUGCACAUUGUUUUUUAUUUGAACUUCUCAAUUGUUUAUUAUGUUCUGGUGGUUUGGAUAAAGCUAGAAUCAUAUCUGUUUGUAACUAUGGCUAUUUCAGAUCUUCAAACAUGUUUUUGUAACACAGCAUCCAAACUACAGUUUAUUGAAUACUGCUUUGUUUAAUAUUGAAGUCAUUAUCUUCACUUGAUAAAUAAAAAGUAAAAGAAUUUGUUUGUUUAUUGCAACU